AUGGCGUCGAGAUACAAGGACAAGGACGGCGGCGUUGUCCUCAGCUUCAACGGCCAAUGGGUUAGCUGGGCGCAUACGGCUGUGGCUUACACCGCCUUCAUCAGUGCAUUGAUCGUCGGCGUCUCUCUGCAUUACCACAAGAUCGUGCAGAAUGAGUUCUAUGGAUACCCCGACGAGUGGUUCCCGUCUGUCUCUGCGACGAUCGGCGAUCGAUACCCGGAGCGCUCGUUCUUCAUGAUCUUCAUUGCCAUCACAUCAGGGCCUCGAUUUGCGCUGGUCGGCCUGUGGUACAUCUUGACGCGCAGGCCUGACUCUAGGCUCCCGGGCUUCAUCGCUUCCAUGGGCCUCUUGCGGACAUUGACGUGCGGCGGAUGGACAUACAUUACAUCGACGGACGAUCACGAUUGGCACGACAUCCUCAUGAUAUCCUACAUUGUCUGCACCUUGCCGUGGACGACCGGCUGCAUUGCCUUGAGCCCACCGAAUCCCUCCGCAAUCAAGUGGCGCAAGCGCUUGGCAGGCCUCUUCUUUGGAACUCUGGUGCCAUUGAUCUAUUUCUUCAUACAACACAAAGUCCACCGUGUCGCUGGAGCUUACACGACAUACGCCUUCUUCGAAUGGUCCUUGAUCCUCUUUGACGUGGCUUUCGAUGCCGUCACUGCCCUCGAUUUUGACACGUUUGAGAUUUUGGUAAAGGACGUCAAGGGAACCAGCAAGGGUGAAAAUUACUCUUCGGUCCCCUCUGCAGUUCUGGAGAAGGAAAAGGAACAGAUUACCGGCGGCUUCUUCUCCAUCCGGUUCACUUCCGCCGAAGCUCUGGACACUGCCGCCAGCGUUUACCAUGGGUUUGUCUUUUGGUCCAUGCUUACCAGCCUCGGCCUUGUUGUGUGGUACUUCCCACUAUGGCACAUGGGCAUUUCAGGCUUCGAAGCCUUCGUCAUGGUGACUGUCGCACCAUCGCUGCUGGGCAUUGGAGUCUUCCGCUCCUUUGUAGUGAACAACUUGCGACUGAUUCACGUUCUGUCGCUCUGCGGUGUUGCUGCAUAUCUGGUCGUCGACCCGGUGCUUCGUCUGUGCGCGGUUGGCCUCGGUGUCGGACUUUCAUGUCUCGGCUGGGCCAGCUCUCUGCAUGCAGACUCAGUUCACAAUGUCCGACUUGAGACUAAGCUGCUCGGGUGGAUGAUAGGACUGAUUCUGUCGUCUACGAUGAAGUUUGCCUGGACAACAAACAACCCUAUCUGGCCGAUUAUGCAUGCCGCCAAUGGUGGGUGGAACGGCACCGGCCUGGUGUUGGGCAUUCUGGCCGCUCUCCGUUUUACCAGGAAGGGUCCUCUCACCGGCGGCUCCUUGACCGAUGAGCCAAAGCAGCAGGGCUCAAAUGUGCUUGCCGCCCUCGGCGUUGGCGGCCUGUUCUUUGGCCUGCAUUCGUUGCUCUCCGACACGAGCACCAUGAUCCUCUGGGUCUGGGAGGGCUAUCCGAUUCGCGGACCGUACUUUUCCACGCAUGGCUGGUUCACCGUCGCUGCCAUGUCUGUUGGCAUUUUCCUCGGCAUCAACAGACCCGGCCUUGCUGGAAGCUGGCCCCAGUACGCCGUGGGAGCCAUCAGCGCCACCAUUCUGACCUUCUUCAGCCAUUGGUUUGGCUACUAUGGCGGGCUCGGACUGGCGGUUUACCUCAUGGCGGUGUCUGUGCCGCUCAUCUCCAACGCCGCGAAGAAGGAGCCCGCGGUGACAUUUGGCCUGGGCUUCCUGUUUUACAACUUCCUGGUGCUGUUCCACGUAUGGGUUGUCGCCUAUGCAUUUGUGCCCGGCGGUCCGCUGGUGCGUGAGCAUACCGACUGGGUCAUGCUUACCACCAUGUUGAUGAUCGGUGCCGGCGUGUACGACUACCAAGUAUCGCAAGGACGGCACCACACCGCUCGCCGCUCGUCCCCCUCGCAGCACAAGAAGUACUUCGGACUGUCCACCAUCAUCAUCAACGUCUUGUUCAUGUGUGCGGCCUUCAGAAGGUUCCCCACCAAUGACUACAAGCCUUACCACCCUGAAGAUCGAAUUUUGACGGCGGGUAUCUGGACUAUUCACUUUUCCCUGGACAAUGACAUGUGGUCGUCAGAGUAUCGCAUGCGCGAUCUGAUCAAGGAGAUGGAGGUCGACGUGAUCGGCCUCCUGGAGUCGGACCUGCAGCGCAUCAUCAUGGGCAACCGGGACACCACCCAGUUCCUGGCCGAAGAUCUGGGCAUGUAUGUCGACUAUGGCCCGGGCCCCAACAAGCACACCUGGGGCGCUGCCCUCCUGUCCAAGUUCCCCAUUGUGGAAUCCAAGCACCAUCUCCUGCCCAGCCCAGUCGGUGAGCUGGCACCGGCAAUCCAUGCUACUCUGGACGUCUAUGGCCAGCUGGUCGAUGUGUUCGUUUUCCACUCUGGCCAAGAGGAAGACCCUGAGGAUCGCCGCCUCCAGUCCGAAUAUCUCGCGAAGCUGAUGGGCUCCACGAACCGGCCGGCGUUCCUUCUGAGUUAUCUCGUAACCGAGCCCCUCGAGGGGAACUAUAACACCUACGUGAGCGAGACGUCAGGCAUGCACGACGUUGACCCAACCGACUGGGACCGAUGGUGCGAGUACAUCCUGUUCAAGAACAUCAAGCGCGUCGGAUACGCACGCGUUAGCCGCAGCACAAUCACCGACACAGAGCUCCAAACGGCCAAGUUUGUGAUUCCGUCGUCGGAAGCUGAGAUUGAAGCGCUGGAGGCCCAGUCACCCGAAGAGCGGGAUCGCCGCGUGGAGGAGCAGGACGUGCCCGAAGGCUGGCGCUAUCCCGCCAUGUUCAGGGGAGAGGGCGUGAGAGAUCAUCGAUACCACGUGUUUGACGAGCCACGGUAUUACAACUGA